AUUGAUUGUCAAAGAGUUCUAACUACUGAGCAUUAUAAGGUCUAUAGUUUAUUAGCUGGGAUGAAGCCAAUCAUGGAGCUAAAGAGUGCCAGAAGAUCUUGUAUGAAAUCUGGAAAACAGAAAACCAUACAGAAAUCCACAAAGAACUAUAAGAAGCACUUGGUUAGAGUCCUGGACCAGGCACAGCAGACAACAAGCCAACAGCUUUGGGCCCUUGAUGUCUUGACCAGAGAAGUUGCCCAUGCUGAUAGUUUCCCCUUGGUAGCAGCAGAAGCCGCACGACUCUGCCAUUACAAACCCCGAAGAGCCAUCACCAGCCCUGAGAUCUGCUCAGCACUGAGGGCACUAGAACGAGUCAAGAUGGUAACCCAAGGAUAGUCCAAGCUGGAGGCUGAUCUACUGCAGGUGGAGCAGGAUUUCUAGUAUAUGAAAUGGCAAGGCAUGUUUUAAUUAUAUGGAAAUAAAAGUAUUUUUAUUUAUCUGGUCUAGAUGCAGAUCCUUCCAUAAUCUAAUUUUAGGGUGGCAUGGGGUGCACUCUGCAACUUAACUGGAUACCCCAAGCUCAUGUCUGAUUCCGCAGGUGAAUUGUCUGUGCCAUGCUUUACACUGCUACAGAGUGCACUAAGGCGGAGUUCAGUGUAUUGUACCUAAAGGAUGUAGCUCUGUAAGUGCAUAUUAUCUACAUCACUGCGGAUUACCUAGCUAAGCGGGGGAGGUCUGACACCAUCAUGAGCAUGGAGGUUCCUUGCCCCCUGGGUGAAUUGGAGGGAUUAACCAUAUGUUUCUGAUGCAUUCACUUUAGGUCGAGUGGUCGCUCCUGCCCGAUCAGCUACUCUUAUCCUCUUAUGAAGAGCAUAGGAGAUGUCGUAUUGGGGUAGAAACAUUAAAGCUGUUUCCCAGUCAGUGUGCAUCUAGCAAAUACACUACCGCCACCAUGUACUGAGUUGUGGUUUGGAGACUAAGCAGAUCAAAGCAAAUAAUCAUGUAAACAGUGUUUGUGGGGAAAAUGAAGCUUUAUGGGGGAGAUCUAUCAAAACCUGUCCAGAGGAAAAGUUGAGUUGCCCAUAGCAACCAAUCACAUCGCUUUUUUCGUUUUUGAAAAGGCCCCUGAAAAAUUGGUGUUCUGAUUGGUCUCUAUGGGCAACUCGGCAACUUUUCCUAUGGACAGGUUUUGCUAAAUCUUCCCCCUAUUACUAUUCACAGCAAAUACUAAAGAGCUUUAGGCUACAUUCACACUAUUGCUGAGCUCCGUACUGUUCGGCACCAAACAGACUUG